AUUUAUUUUCAUUAUUAUUUUUGUUUCAGAUAUGUCACAACAUAUAGAAUUGCAACAUUUAGUCGAAGCUGAUAUGGAGAGUAACACCACAAAUCAUAAAAAAAAGUUUUCUAUUCAGUUGCGUAAAUCUUGUCCUUAUAUGGGUCUAGUAUUAGCUACACUUUCAUCACUGUUUUUUUCAUUAUGUAGCGUUAUCGUUAAAAGCUUGGUAGAGAUAAAUCCUGCGGAAAUGGCAAUUUUUAGAUUUUUGGGAGUAUUAUUACCAGCUAUACCAAUUGUAAUUUAUAAAGGUGAACAUCCUUUCCCAAAAGGACGUAGACUAAUACUUAUUCUAAGGAGUUUCAUCGGUACAACAGGACUUAUGUUAAGUUUUUAUGCAUUUAGGCAUAUGCCAUUGGCCGAUGCCUCAGUUAUCGUAUUUUCCGUUCCCGUAUUCGUAGCAAUCUUCGCACGGAUAUUUUUGAAAGAACCUUGCGGGCUAUUCAACAUCGUUACUGUAUGUCUGACAUUGAUCGGUGUGAUAUUGAUAACACGACCGCCAUUAAUUUUUGGUCAUGCCAUAAAAUCUUUGUCAGAUGGUCACGUUAAACCAGAGCACGCAGAUUUAUGGGGUGCUAUGGCAGCUUUCUCAGCUACUUUAUUCGGUGCAAACGCAUACGUUUUAUUACGCGCAUUAAAAGGUCUUCAUUUUUCCGUUAUAAUGACAAAUUUUGGCUCAUUCGCCUUAAUACAAACUACACUUGUAUCAUGGACAAUCGGUACAUUAUGUAUGCCACAUUGCGGUACAGAUAGACUUUUGGUCGUGGCACUGGCACUAUUUAGUUUCGCAGGUCAAAUCUUGUUAACCGUAGCUCUUCAGAUAGAACAAGCUGGUCCAGUGGCCAUAGCAAGAUCCACAGAUAUCGUUUUCGCUUUUUUUUGGCAAGUAUUAUUUUUUAACGAAAUACCAAAUCGGUAUUCCGUAGGUGGUGCUAUAUUAGUCACAAGCUCAGUUUUAUUAACAGGAUUAAGAAAAUGGGCUCUCUCAUUACCAGAGACAUCAAAUAUAAAAAGGUCUCUUGGAAUUUUAAUAAUAUAAAUAACGAUAUGUUUCUUAUUCAUCAGAGAUAAAAUAAAAAAAAAUGCUAAUUAUAAAGUCGAUAGUAAAAUAGAAAAUUUAGCAAGUAAUUACAUGUAAAAAACCUUUCCGAAUGAAUAGAAUAAAUUUAAAUAUCUGUUUCAAAAUUGAGAAAUUUAUAUACAGUAUGAUUUAGAGGAGUGUUACAAUUAAGUAGGAAAUUGUUCAAUAUAUAAAAGUAAGUCAGAAA